AUGGUUUAUGAAAAUAUCAUCGAAGCAACUGAGGAAUUCAACUCCAAAUAUUGCAUCGGAGAGGGAGGAACAGGGAGUGUUUACAAAGCAGAGUUAAGCACUGGUCAAGUUGUUGCUGUGAAAAAGCUUCAUGCAAAUACAGAUGGUGAUGAUCACGAGAUGUCUCAAUAUCUCAAAGCUUUUACAAUUGAGAUUCAAACAUUGACACAAAUACGACAUCUUAACAUAGUCAAGUUAUAUGGGUUCUAUUCACAUCCAAGACAAUCUUUUUUGGUUUAUGAGUUCAUAGAAGGUGGAAGUUUGCGAAAUGUACUAAAAAUGAAGAAGAAGCAAGAGCAUUUGAACAUGAUCAAGCUUAUGUUUCUGAUUUUGGGACUGCCAGACUUCUCAAUCCAGACUCAUCCAACUAGACUUCGUUUGCUAGAACUUUCAGAUAUGUUGCUCCAGGAAGUGAAUGAGAAAUGCGAUGUGUAUAGCUUUGGAGUUGUGACGUUGGAAAUACUUGGGGGUAGGCAUCCAGGAGAUCUCAUUUCAUCUCUUUCCUCUUCGUUAUCCUUAUCAUCAUCUAAAAAACCAGCUUACCAUCAAGUAGAAGUAAUGGAUGUUUUGGACCAGCGAUUAUCUGCUCCAUCGGAUCAAGAGGCUGGGAAAGUGCUCUAUCUUGCUAAGGUUGCAUUUGCAUGCUUGAAUGGCACUCCACAGUCUCAUCCAACAAUGAAACAGGUUGCUCAAAAGCUUUCAACUCAUACUCAUCAUUUGUUAAAACCUUUUGCUUUACAUACACUAGGAGAUCUACUUGAUUUCAGUGAUUCUACUUCCUGA